ACGUAAUCGCUAUGAAUACAAAUCGUGCGGUAUAUAAAGCACGGUUGUCAGUUUAACAAACACACAACUCCUGGACUGUUAUCGACACAAACUGUUCUGUAUAUAGUGAUAUGUGGUGUUUUCGAGGCGUUCUCAAUUAUCACAUUUACAACAAUGGGACUGUGCAUGGGGAAACUCAUGGCAAAAUUGUUCGGAAAACAAGAAGUCAGAAUUCUCAUGCUAGGUUUGGACGCCACCGGUAAGACUACAACCCUGUACAGACUGAAACUUGGAGAGGUUGUCCACCGCCUGCCGACCAUAGGAUUCAACGUGGAGACGACUGAAUACAAGAACGUCAAGUUCACCACUUGGGACGUCGGUGGGACUGAUAAAAUCAGACCUCUGUGGUGUCACUUUAACAGACACCAAAACACGGACGCCAUCAUCAUUGUGUUGGACAGUAACGACAGAGAACGGCUACCGGAAAUGCGUCAGGAGAUAGGAAUGUGUCUAGAGGAGGAUGAACUACGGAAAUGCCUCUUUCUCAUCCUUGCCAACAAACAGGAUAUGCCAAACGAGCUUCCUCCUGACGUCAUCAGAGAGAAGUUAGAGUUGGACACAUUGCUGAGAGGCCGGCACUGGCACCUUCAGCCAGCCUCGGCUAAGGAAGACGGUCUGUACGAGGGACUAGACUGGCUGGCCGCCAAACUCGCUUCUAAAGAGGCACACAAUUACGUCACACAGUCGGUAGUGGAGACGAAGGACGAUGCCGUCGCGAUGACCAAGUCCAACCCCAUCAAAUCGGUAGUAAGAUUCUUCAAGUCGUGGUGGGGCAACAUGGGGCAGGCGACGGCUACAUGAAGAAAUUUUUCUCAGUGAAAAUUGCCUAUGCGAUCACACAGAAGUACUCCACGAUGUGUUUUACUCAAACACAUUCAUUGCUAUGGCGACCGGCCCCUGUCCUGCCGAUAGGGACAUUAUGUAAUCGGACACCUACAGUAACCAUGGCGACCACCUUCUUGUUCAGAUC